AUGCUUUUGAAAAACAAGGCCGUGGAAAAACAAAAUAAGAUUAUACUUUCUUUCUCUUCAUUUUUUGUUAGUAUUCCAUUACUAGAUAAGCUUGAGUCUCAACACAAAUUGACAGUUAUUGGGACGAUUCGUAAAGACAAAAGGGAAUUGCCUAAACAAUUCACGGAAAUACGAGUAAGAGCUGAAAAGUCCAGUUUAUUCGGGCACCGAGGCAAUUGCAGUCUUGUGUCCUAUGUACCGCAAAAAGGCAAAAAUGUCCUUCUGGUAUCCAACAUACACGAUGAUGCACAGAUCAAUGAAGAUACAGGUAAACCGGAAAUGAUAAUGGACUACAAUAGAACCAAAGAUGGAGUUGAUACCGUGGACAAAAUCUGUGAGACUUACAACGUUGGACGUGGUACAAAUAAAUGGCCAAUGGUGGAAUUUUAUGGCCUGACGAAUGAAGCGGGUAUAAGUACAUUUAUAAUAUACCUGCACAACAUCCCUAUCAAGAAUAUUAGACGUAGGAUCUUUCUUAAAGCCUUAGCAUAUGAUCUGAUCAAUCCGCAACUUAGACGUCGGGCUAUCACUACAUCCUUGCUGAGAACCAUAAGGCUCAGACUUGCCGAAAUAUGUAAAUUAGAUUGA